UCCAAAACUUCUCAAUGAUUUCUUGAUCGCUCAUCAUCACUCUCAUCAUCCAACACUGCUUUCCACUCUCUCUCUCUCUCUCCCUCUCUUUCAGCAUGAAGACUCUUUAAUCAGCCAAAAAUCUUCAUCGUCCUCGGCCUAGAACAGAACUUUUAUCUGAGAGAGCAAGAACAGAGAACCUAAAAUAAUGGGUUGUUUUCUUGCGUGUUUUGGGUCUUCCAAAGAUCGGAAACGCAGAAAUCAAAGCAAGAACAAGGUCCUCCCUCGAGGCCAAUUGCAGAGACAUGGAAGCCAGAAGCCUCCACAACCCGUUGUCUCUUCAGAACCGGAAAUCUCUGCAGAACCCACCAAUCUGAUUUUAGAAACACAUGACAAGAUUGAGGAGCAACUGAGCCCGAGCCCCAGAAAGAAAGUUACUUUUGAUGCAAACAUCAAGACCUAUGAUCCGGUUUCAGUCCAUGAAAGCACUGAAAUUUUACCGGAGAGCAACAAAGAUGUUGAGAAGCAAAAGGAGGAUUGUUCAGGAAAAUCAACCUUAUUCCACUCUCUCUCUGAAGAUGGUUCUUCUAUCACUUCAAGUGUUCGAUCUUACCCUCCGAAUCAUAGGUAUCAGAACUGCAGAGACAGUGAUGAUGAAGCAGAGGAAUUUGAGUGUGAGGACAGUGAUUUGGAUGAGGAGUUAGAAGACUAUGGUGAUUAUGAUGAGGAUGAGGAUGAGGAUGAGGACAAAGUAAUUGUAGGCCAAGAAACCUGGUCCAAGUCGAUUCCAACUGUGUCAGUGGAAUCAGGAACAGAAAUUUCUUCAGCUCGUGAUGUUAUUGAAGAAGUGGAUAGUCCUCUGACAAAAUGUGGUUUGCCUGAGCAAGAAGUGAAAAAAAUUGGAUCUAACCAAAAUGCUCGAGAUAGAAGUGUUUAUGUUCAUACUGUGCUCAACCCAGUAGAGAACCUCACUCAAUGGAAAGCUGUGAAAUCGAAAGGGACAUCACCUUUGAAGCCACAGAAGGAGAAUUUUGCAGUGGAGCAAGAAGCACAACGUAUUUCAUUUAGCUUCAAGUCCAAAUCGGAUCAAUCCAAGAAUCAAAACCAAGAAAUAGCAGUCGAUGCUAGCCUUUCGAAUUGGUUGGUCUCCUCUGAAACGACUCCAACCAAGAAAACCAGCUCCGUUGGGCUUGAAACCAUUACAUCUGAGAGAAGCACGUCCCCGGGAUCAAACUCAGUGAUAAGCAUAGAAGACAGGCCAAUUUUAGGUGCAUUGACUGUGGAGGAGCUUAAACAGUUUUCAGCAUCAUCAUCCUCGCCAAGAAAGUCCCCUGGUCGAAGUCCUGAUGAUAUGCCUAUAAUAGGUACUGUUGGGACAUAUUGGAAUCACAUGGGGCAAGCCAGGGAUUCUGGCUCAGCCUCCUCCUAUAAAGGCAUACCAAACACAACCAGCAAGUACAGAGAGGAUAAGAGAGUUAAUUGGCACUCUACCCCAUUUGAGACAAGGUUGGAGAGAACUUUGAACAGACGUGCCGCUGAACCUUAAUCUAAAUAUCUUCCUAGUGUGGUGGUGAGAUUGUCUCUUGGAGUGGUUCUCUUAUU